AGAGACUCCUUAUUGCAGCAGGCAUCGUCCACUCGGCAGAGCGAGAGGACAGCUAGACUACAUGCCAUGGACUGGUGGACUACCCUGGCUGCGAGUAUAGCCUUCCUCUGGCUCCUGUGUUAUGUCGACGGUAAGAGAACCUGGUUAGCAGAGGUAUGGAAGCUUUCUUCGUCAAGGGAACGGUGCAGCACGGGCACUGGUCUUCCUCCUAAUUGCGGUAUGAUUACAGCUUUAAUUACAUUUGUUAUAAAACAUUUAAUUGAUUUAACCGUAGCAACAACAAGAGCAAUACACCACCAUACCUGGCGAUUGUACCAAACAUUCUAGAGGCAGAAAUAAGAAAACGAAACAAGUAAGUCUACAUGACAGCGCUAGAGAAGCGCUAUAACAGGUGGUGGACCCAGCUAAACUGACAGAUUCAAUUAAACACAACGAAAUGUAGGCUGCAUCUACCUACCACUAGGCUACCAGAGACUACAGCCACUGGGAGUUCAAUCAGAAUAUGAGGAUGAUAACCCUCCCAUUAUUGUUAGGCUAUAUUAGGCAACACCCCUACCAUUAUUGUUAGGCUAUAUUAGGCAACACCCCUCCCAUUAUUGUUAGGCUAUAUUAGGCAACACCCCUCCCAAACUUAGGCUACCCUUGUCCCUGUUCCCGUCUCCUGCACAACCUGGUCCCACAGGGGCAUGAUGGGAACAGCUGAUCUGAUUCUAUAUAUCUUUCCAUUGGGGGGGGUCCUAUUUAGAUUAACACCUGAAAGAUGUGGUGAGAAAACAUGUAGACGUCAAGGAGGGUUUAGUGUCACUGUUCAAUAUGGAUUACAGCUGGGACAGUGUAGAGAACUAUAGUGGUCUAUAGAUUACAGCUGGGACAGUGUAGAGAACUAUAGUGGUCUAUGGAUUACAGCUGGGACAGGGUAGAGACCUAUAGUGGUCUAUGGAUUACAGCUGGGACAGGGUAGAGACCUAUAGUGGUCUAUGGAUUACAGCUGGGACAGGGUAGAGACCUAUAGUGGUCUAUGGAUUACAGCUGGGACAGGGUAGAGACCUAUAGAUUACAGCUGGGACAGGGUAGAGACCUAUAGUGGUCUAUGGAUUACAGCUGGGACAGUGUAGAGAACUAUAGUGGUCUAUAGAUUACAGCUGGGACAGUGUAGAGAACUAUAGUGGUCUAUAGAUUACAGCUGGGACAGGGUAGAGACCUAUAGUGGUCUAUGGAUUACAGCUGGGACAGGGUACAGACCUAUAGUGGUCUAUAGAUUACAGCUGGGACAGGGUAGAGACCUAUAGAUUACAGCUGGGACAGGGUAGAGACCUAUAGUGGUCUAUAGAUUACAGCUGGGACAGGGUAGAGACCUAUAGAUUACAGCUGGGACAGGGUACAGACCUAUAGUGGUCUAUGGAUUACAGCUGGGACAGGGUAGAGACCUAUAGUGGUCUAUGGAUUACAGCUGGGACAGGGUAAAGACCUAUAGUGGUCUAUGGAUUACAGCUGGGACAGUGUAGAGACCUAUAGUGGUCUAUGGAUUACAGCUGGGACAGGGUAGAGACCUAUAGUGGUCUAUGGAUUACAGCUGGGACAGGGUAGAGACCUAUAGUGGUCUAUGGAUUACAGCUGGGACAGGGUAGAGACCUAUAGUGGUCUAUGGAUUACAGCUGGGACAGGGUACAGACCUAUAGUGGUCUAUGGAUUACAGCUGGGACAGGGUACAGACCUAUAGUGGUCUAUAGAUUACAGCUGGGACAGGGUAGAGACCUAUAGUGGUCUAUGGAUUACAGCUGGGACAGGGUAGAGACCUAUAGUGGUCUAUAGAUUACAGCUGGGACAGGGUAGAGACCUAUAGUGGUCUAUGGAUUACAGCUGGGACAGGGUACAGACCUAUAGUGGUCUAUGGAUUACAGCUGGGACAGGGUAGAGACCUAUAGUGGUCUAUGGAUUACAGCUGGGACAGGGUAGAGACCUAUAGUGGUCUAUGGAUUACAGCUGGGACAGUGUAGAGACCUAUAGUGGUCUAUGGAUUACAGCUGGGACAGGGUACAGACCUAUAGUGGUCUAUAGAUUACAGCUGGGACAGGGUAGAGACCUAUAGUGGUCUAUAGAUUACAGCUGGGACAGGGUACAGACCUAUAGUGGUCUAUAGAUUACAGCUGGGACAGGGUAGAGACCUAUAGUGGUCUAUAAUAGCUGCACCACACUAUGUCUGUGUCACAAAUGGCAGCCUAUUCCCUACAUAGUGAACUACUUUUGACCAGACCCCUUUAGGUCAGGUCCAAAACCUGGGAGCUAUAUCGGGAAUAGGGUGCCAUUUGGGAAGCAACCGAUGUCUGUCUGUCUGUCUGUCUGUCUGUCUGUCUGUCUGUCUGUCUGUCAGUCUGUCUGUCUGUCUGUCUGUCUGUCUGUCUGUCUGUCUGUCUGUCUGUCUGUCUGUCUGUCUGUCUGUAUGUCUGUCUGUCUGUCUGUCUGUCUGUCUGUCUGUCUGUCUGUCUGUCUGUCUGUCUGUCUGUCUGUCUGUCUGUCUGUCUGUCUGUCUGUCUGUCUGUCUGUCUGUCUGUCUGUCUGUCUGUCUGUCUGUCUGUCUGUCUGUCUGUCUGUCUGUCUGCCUGUCUGUCUGUCUGUCUGUCUGGCUGUCUGGCUGUCUGUCUGUCUGGCAGUAAAUCAGGUGAGACACGUCGGCCUUUAAUCAAAGCAGAUUAAUGAAUGGGAUGUUAAACAGUGUUUUGUAGCCUAAUGCCUCCUGACUCUAAGACAGCAGCAGCUGACCCAGUUAGUAACCGGGGGUUACCCUUAUCUCCUGUCUCCAGGCAACGCCGUCCUGGAGCUGCGGCUCCUCCUCCACGCCCUCACUAAAGCCGCGUGUCACCUGUACCUGGCUUUGGUCCCGCUGCGCCGCGCCGCCCUGCACCUCGCCCGCUUUGUCUGUCACCUGGUGAACCAUGGCCCCGCCUCCGCUGGCCGGGCGUCUCCGCUUCUUCUCGAGGGCGUGUGUGUGAUGUGUGAAGUGGGUCCGGACCUGCUGGGAGCCGGGCUCAGUCUGUGUGCGGUAGUCUGUCACAUCCUACAGGGGGCACUGUUCCUGCUGGCCGCCACGGUGAGGUCGGUCCAGGUGAGUGUUCUGGCCCAGGUGGACGGGGAGAAGGAGAGAUGGGAGAAGGAGCAGCAUCGAGCCCGGCAGGACGAGCGGAAACAGAACUCCAGGGUUCUGGAAUACCUUGCUGUGUUCUGUCAAGACCCCAUCAGCUCGCUACGACUCAAGGUGGACAUGAUCAAUAGAUAA